AUGCCGGUGAAGAACCGGUACAACCUGGUGGACGAUGGCUGCGACUCCCGCGUCCCGCUGCACAACGAGGAGGCCUUUCAGCACGGCAUCCACUUCCAGGCCAAGUACAUCGGGAGCUUGGAUGUGCCCAGGCCCAACAGCCGCGUGGAGAUCGUGGCAGCCAUGAGGAGGAUCCGGUACGAAUUCAAAGCCAAGAACAUUAAGAAGAAGAAGGUGAGCAUCAUCGUGUCCGUGGACGGGGUGAAGGUGAUCCUGCGCAAGAAGCAGAAGAGAAAGGAGUGGACCUGGGACGAGAGCAAGAUGGUGGUGAUGCAUGAUCCUGUGUACAGAAUUUUCUACGUCUCUCAUGACUCGCAAGACCUGAAAAUUUUCAGUUACAUCGCACGGGACGGCGCAAACAACUCCUUCAGGUGCAACGUCUUCAAAUCCAAGAAGAAGAGCCAGGCCAUGCGCGUGGUGCGCACCGUGGGACAGGCCUUCGAGGUGUGCCACAAGCUGAGCCUGCAGCACGCCCUGCAGAACGCCGACGGGCAGGCCGACGGUGCCAGCGACAAAUCGGCCGAGGAGCAGCCGCUGGAAGUUCACCAGAUAAAGGGCUCCAAGAUCACGGAUGUGGACGAGGUUGGCAUCGAUCCUGGUGGCAUCUGUGUGUCCGAGAGGGGACCCAGAGAGCUGCCAGGUGCCAGGGGGGACCUUGGCAUGCUGAAAGCUGGUCAAGCCUCAAAGGAAAAGAAUGGCCAGGAUGCUGAAAACUGCUCCCUCCACCUGGCCAGCUCCCAGCAGCUGCUCAGCCCGGGCAGCCCCUGCUCCUCGGCCUCCAUCACCCCGCUGGCCUCCCAGCACUGCCUCCAGCUGCUCCAGCAGCAGCUCCUCCAGCAGCAGCAGCAGACGCAGGUGGCUGUGGCCCAGGUGCAGCUGCUGAAGGACCAGCUGGCGGCCGAGACAGCGGCGCGGAUCGAGGCGCAGGCCCGGGUGCGGCAGCUCCUGCUGACCAACCGCGACCUGCUGCAGCACGUCUCGCUGCUGGUGCGGCAGCUCACAGUGCUGGAGGCCCGGGAGGAGCACCGCGAUGAGCAUCGGCAGCCAGCUGACCACUCCUUGCAAAACCUGUCCCUGGCCCAGUCCCUCUCCCUGAACCUGAAGAACCACUACAGCCUGGACGUCCACCUGCCGUCCACCUCCACCCCUGCCAGCAUCCUGGGCAGCCCGGUGGCCCCCGGCUCGCUGCCUUCCCUGGGCCCCAGGGACUCCUACCUCAACCUCGUCAGCCUGGACAGGGGCAGCCACCGCUACAGCAGCAAGGAAGGGGACGAGUGUCUGGAGGGGCAGGAAGGGCUCAGCCGGCGCGUGGAGGGCUCCGAGGUCAGCGACUUCGCUCUGCCCAACGGGAGCGGCCGGCAGAAGGCGGAGGACACGGCCAGAGGGGACGAGGACAGGCGGCAGCCGCCCAUCCCCAAGCUCAACCCGCCUCCACCCAUCCUGCGCAAAAGGUCAAGCAAGACCUCCCCGAGCCUGGAAGUGGAGGUGAAGCCCGAGAGCACUGCCCACCUGAGCCUACCUAGUGCCAGCAUCUCCAGCCUCACCAGCAUCACUGCCAGCUCCCUCACCCUCUUGGACCCUGAGGCAAGGACUCCUGCACGGAGUGCUGCCUCCAGCAUGGAGCCCGGCCCUGCCGGGGGCUGCCAGCACACUCUGGGCAAGGACAGGACUGGAGAGAGUGGGCCAAUGUCCCCCUUGGCCAGCAUCCAUGACCCAACAGCCAGCGAGGCCCUGGCCAAGGAGUUAGUGGCCCUGGGCAGCCCCACGGACAGCUCACUGCCCUUCUCCCCUGCAGAUGACACCUGCUUGCACAUCAGCUUCUCUGAAGAUGAGCUGGACACUGCUUUGGGGCCCAGCAGAGUCCCCUCUUAGUGGGGCCACAAGAGGUGGUAGCUGGUGGCUGGCAGCCCCAGCAGCUCCAUCCACAGCCCUGUGCUGGGAUUGGGGGUCCCUGUGCCCAGGCUACGAGACAGGUCCCUGUCCUGUCCCUGUCCCACAUAAUGGCUUCCCACACCACCUACAGGGCCACCCCAGAGGAUGUGACUGGCCAGCCCUGCCUCAGUCAGCACCAGCUCACACUGCUGUCACACUGCCAUCCUGUCCCUGCUCACACAGCCAGGGAUGCUCACAGCAGAGAAUUCCCAGGGAGCUGCAGGGUGGAAGCCCUGGGCAGGGCAUGGUGCAGCACUGUGGGACAAGAGGCUGUUCUGGUUCAUCAGCUGCCACCCGUGGCAGCCUGAGCAGGGCCACACAGCACAGCCAUGGUGCCACUCCCCUGCCCAGCUCCCCAGGGUGCCACCACGCUGGGUCUCUCCAGAGCUGCCAAUGUCCACCAGCCCCACGCUGUGCCCAGCUCUGCUUUGGGGACAGCAGCCCCAGCACUGUGUCCCCACGCAGUGAAGCCACCACUGCCUCCAUAGGUGCCUUUUUCCACUCCCCACAUAGCUUGGGCCACCCCUCUGAGGCCACUGAUGGGUGCAGGGCUGGCCAUGGGAGCCUGCAGCAGGGGGGUGACCCCCUAAGGAAGGGUGCACCCCAUGUCUUGGGGUCAGGGCAGAGAGCCCUCCCGUGCCCCCCGAGCUGCUGCUGGCUGCAGGCAGGAGGCUGCUCCUUGUGCUGAUUUUAGGGUGUUACGGUGUGGUUUGGGUUUGGUCUCAGAAAUGUGAGUGUCCUGGGAGGAGUUAAGGUUUAAGGAAGAAGCCAGUGGCAGGGUGAUGCUCAUCCACCUUGGUUGUUUGUCAGAGGAUGUUGGGAAAGUGUCAGAGAGUCAAGUUGGGAAGUGUCAAGCAGAAAUGGAGAUUUGGAGCAGCUGUGCUGCCUGUCCCUGGCAUGGUGCUGCUCCUACAGGGAGAGGGGGUGACAGGACACACACCCAGAGCCAGCCAUGGCAGUGACAGAGCUGGGAGGGGGCUGGGGACCGGGCCGGGGGUUGUAAAGCUCAGCUGGGCUGUCCCAUAGUGCAGUAGUGACAGCCCAGCCCCUCCAUAGGACGCUGUGGUUUGGUAAUGGACUUUUAAAGAAAAAAAUAAACUGAUUUGCAGAGCCA